AUCACUACCACUUUCUACCCUUCAGGAGCUGCUGCUUUUCAAAACGUGGUGUAGGAAUAUUUUGUCAAUUUGUCUUUGCAGAGGACACAGGUCUGUAAACAUUCUGUUUGGCAGAAUAUCCCAGGCGUGCUCUACACUGGCGAAAAUGGAGGGGUUUCUACAGAGAUGUAGCGCUGCAUUAAAGGGCAGUUCGGAGGGCAGCUCUGGAAUCCACGUCAUCCUUGGCAACGAGGCCUGUGACCUCGACUCCAUGGUGUCAUCCCUCGCCUUCGCCUACUUUCUGUCCAAAACGUCUGGCAGCUCGUGUAAGACUGUGGUGCCGGUGCUGAACAUCCCGAGGGCCGAGUUCCCCCUGCGGUCAGACAAUGUGUUCCUGCUGAAGGAGAGCGGGGUUCCGCCAGAGGCUCUGGUGUUCCGUGACGAGGUGGACCUGGCAGGGCUCCAUAGAGCCAAGAGGCUGGUGCUCACGCUGGUGGACCACAACGUGCUUCCUAGUGCCGACAUUGACUUGGAGGAGGCAGUUGUGGAAGUCAUUGACCACCACCAUCUUGAGAGGACACCCUCCACUUCCUGUUUAGUCACCAUGGAAACCGUGGGUUCCUGUGCCACCUUGGUGACGGAGCACAUUCACCACAAGGCACCUGAAGUGCUAGACAGACAGGUGGCCCAACUAUUAUACGGGGCCAUCGUGCUGGAUUGUGUCAACAUGGCACCUGAGGCGGGCAAGGUCACACCCAAGGACAGCCAUCUGGCCUGCCUGCUGGAGUCGCGCUUCCCCGACCUGCCACCCAGGGGCGCCCUCUUCCAGUCCCUACAGAGCGCCAAGUUUGACAUCUCAGGUCUUUCUACAGAGCAGAUCCUGCUGAAGGACAUGAAGGCUGUCUCCAGAGGCGACCUGAGACUGGCAGUCAGCGCUGUGUACAUGACACUAGAUAUGUUCCUACAGCGGAAGAGCCUACAACAGGAGCUUUGUGAGUUCUGUCACAAACAUCGUUUUGGUGCGGUGGUUGCCAUGACAAUCUCUUUCAAUGAACGCAGCGAGCCCCAUCGGCAGCUGGCGGUCUACAGCUCCAGCACCCUCUAUAGGGAGGAGGUGAGCCAAGCAUUAGAAAAGGCCCGGAACCCCUCUCUGAGCUUCUCUCCCAUGAGCAGCCCCUUCAACGACAUCAAGUCCUAUCUCCAAGGCAACGCACUGGCCUCCCGCAAGAAAGUGCUACCUAUCCUCAAGGACUUCCUGAAGGAGUGGGACAAGAAGCAAGUGCAUUGUGGGGAGGCGGAGGACUUUGAGGAGCUGGACGACCACUUUGACCCCACGGGGUCGCCUGGUGUCGACGGCGACGCCCGCCCCCGCUGCUUCUCGGCCUCCCGGCACCACCGCCGCCGCCUACUGGGCGCCGAGGACUCUGGGACGGAGGAGGACUUCCAGGUGCCGGCCACUCCCAUGAACAGCCUGGUGGAGGGCUGUCCGCUGGAUGCCGGCCUGCCCCAGAUCAGCGCGGAAGCCAUUUUGGAGAAGUUCAGCUGCAUGGUAGGGGAAGCAGGAGGAAAUAAAGAUGGCAGCUGGCCAGGUGAUCAAUAACCUUCUGUUGAUGCCUUUUAAUCCUUGUGCCCCUGGCUGACUGUUCUCGUGCACCUCAACCCAACCAACAGACUAUAACAAGGAGUGUUAAAAGUUCAAACUCAGAAGCAUAUCAAUCAAUUGUAUGUUUCAUAAGGGACAUCUCAUAGUGGAUUAUAAUGACAAUCCAAGGGUGAUUGACUGGAAACAGGGUCGUGUUCAGGAGGAACAAAACCGCCCAAAACGGAGUGAAGCAGGGAGAUACCAUCUGAACUUAUCUAAUAAGAAAUGCUCGUUUUUGUUUUCCGUAGCAAAACGUUUUGCCACGGUGUGCCCAAAUGAACACAAUCCUGGACUACCGUGGCCAUCAAACUGAUCACCAAGUUCUUAUGGAUGCUUUACUCAAGUCAGGACUAACAACACCAUUACGAAGGAUAGGACAUCCUUCUAAAAGACUGGCAACCAGAUGAAAAAGGCAUGACUUGUACCUUCAAAGACUCCCGACAACAAUGAAGGUUGAAUGGUGUUUUCUCUCUGUAUCCCAUCUGAGUACAGAUGCCCCAUUGGUUAGUGCCAUCUCCAAGUGUAGGGGGAGUAGAUUGGACAUGUGGAGAAUACAUAAUGGACUAAUGUAAUGAAUCUUUGAAGGGCCUAUUUCAAUGUCACAGGCAUUUGAGUGAAGCUUUAUUUUGAGGAGAAUAUUGCACUGGAUAAUUAUUUUAUCCAUUAUUGCAGCAUGUUUCAGUAGUCCUGGUCUUGGAAGACCGCUGAGUUUGCUUGUUUUUAGUUCAACUUAUCUAUGUACAGCUUCAGAUGUGAGUUAUUGAGCUGAUGAUUGAGCAUGUGAUAUCUCCUGACGUGUGUGUGCGAGCAUGUGUGUGUGUGUGUGGGUUGAGUUCUUGGUUAGUGUGAUGUCAUGAUGACAUUAUCAUCAGGGUUGUUUCAGUCUAUAGUUCUCCUCAUUGUCGGAAUCCAUCUGAAAACGAAAGAGGGGAAGAAUACACACCUUCCCCACAAAGAGAGAGAGAGAGGUGGAGAGAUAUAUACCCGAUGAUGGAUGCAACUCUGCUGCUCAUUCAUGCAUAUUAACUGCCUGCCCAGUCAGAGCUCUAAAAUUGCAGGUGUCCUUUUUUAUUGCCAUGAAUAAUGUUCUGGAGGCAGCUCUGCAGAGUUGUCACUAGCUGGCACAGCUACAAAGUAAUCAAAUCAGAUUUUAAACCU